AAAACAUUCACGGAAGAGAAAUGUCUUUGAAUUGACAGACGUGACACCCGAUACUUGGUCUGAAUAAAUGAAUCCAUAAAGGAUGACCCACGUGUAAAGAGCGGGCUGCAGGGUAACGCGAUGCCGCCCCUUUAAAACGCCGCCCGCUUGUAUAGAGAGCAGCGCGGAUGCUGAACCGCACCUGCUCUGUGUUAUCACACCUGCUGACCCUCUUUCAUCUCGUCUCAGCGUUAAAUAAAUCAGCUUAAAACACGUCGUUCUUAUACCUUUCCACUCGUGCGGAAGCAGCAAGGAAUUAACCAGGGUCUUAUUUAUUAGCCUGCACACGACACGCGUGCUGAGACGGAGCUGUUUCUGGGGAAGCGCUAAUCUUUAAGGCAGGAUGCCUGUGCAAAUUCCGGACGACGCAGAUUUCGCGUCUUUCAAGGAGCAGUGCGAAAGCCAUGAGUGCUGGAUACAGCGUUACAACAAGUCUGGCGUGUCGGUGUGGUGCAGAGACGAGGAGACCAAAACAGUGCAAAAACUUAAGAUGAGUAUUUUGUGCAAGGAUGUCAGUGCAGAAACGCUGUAUGAUGUCUUGCAUGACACAAGCUACCGGAAGAAAUGGGACACCAACAUGAUUGACACAUUUGAUAUUGCAAGGCUGACGGUCAAUGCAGAUGUAGGAUAUUAUUCCUGGAAAUGCCCGAGUCCACUGAAGAACAGGGAUUUUGUCACCAUGCGUUCAUGGCUCCCUCUUGGAAAUGACUACUUGAUAAUCAACUACUCAGUCAAACACCCGCAAUACCCACCAAAGAAAGACUUUGUCAGAGCAGUGUCUUUACUCACGGGAUACUUGAUCCAGUCUAAUGGAGCAAACUGCUGCACACUUUACUACUUAACACAAGUAGAUCCGAGAGGUUCCUUACCUAAAUGGGUAGUGAAUAGAGUCUCUCAAUUUGUGGGACCAAAGGCCAUGAGGAAGAUCUACAAGGCGUGUCUGAAGUACCCUGAGUGGAAACGGAAACACAACCCUAAUCUGAAGCCGUGGAUGUACCCCGAGCAGAACACACUACCAUGCAUGAGUGUUUCAGAGCUCACUGUCCAGAGAGCAGAUUCCCUUGAGAACAUCGAUGAGAGCGGCUUGAAUGAAGAUAAGAUCCAAAACCACAGCGAAGAUGAGGAAACCUAAACCCCCAGACUUUGCUUUUUCAUGAGUGUGCAUGUAUGUGUGGGAGUGUGAGGAAGUCAGUGCACAUUGAUUUACAUCAGUAGUUCUGCAGAGUAUGAAUUACCUGUUUUCAGCUGCAUCUUAUGCAUGCUUUGCUAUGCACUGCUGAUGACCAUAAUGGUGCUCCUUUCAAGGUUUUGACAUAUUAAUGAUCAUGAUUGUUUGCACUACCAAUCUUAAUUUAUUAGAAUUGCACAUAUCAUUAAUACAAGUUUGAGGAUUUUAUUCUAAAUGAGCUCACUUAAACAUGAAAACAAAGAAAUUGGCACAUUACUCAAGUUACAUUUUAAUUCUUUUUGGCUGCAGUUGCAAUGUUUUUCAGUCACUUCUUCUGUGAGUGAGCACUGGUUUUGUAGUGUAUUUUAUGGUUUCAACUCAAGUCUUUUUUCUCCUGUUCUUUCUCAACUCAGUGACUGUAAAUCAAAUGUCCAGUUUCAUUUGUCAGUUUUAUCUGCACAUUUACAGUCUCAUUUCCAGGGCAACCUACCUGUGAGAAGUGAGAGUUCUCCAGAGCUCUGUGGCUGGCUACAGGGAUUUUCACUUCAAUAUCUUUACCUAUGCAUCAAUAAGAUCUCAGGAUUUGUUUAAAAAAACAACAACAAAAAAACAGUGCUGUCUGCCUUUCUCAAAUAUACAUUGUGUGUUUCUAUCUCUCUGGUCACUUUUACAUAUUCAUUUAUGAAUAAAUAUCUUUAUCUUGUACUUUGAGAAUGAUUUAUGCAUCCAUGUAUUUGUUCUGUGUUAUUCUCAUAGUAGAUUGGAGCAUGCAUGCUUUCUAUAAGGCUCUGGCAUCAAUUGUCAAGCAUGCUUAGAUAUUUUUUAUUUAUUUGCAUGUACCAUUUAUAUCCAUUUUCUGGCUGAGCCUUUGGUAAGUUGUUGUACUGUUUUGAGCUAGUCUUGCAGUCUGAUUCAGACUUUAAGCGUCUUGGGGAGGAAACUACUUUUAAUCACUUUCAGUGACAAAGCAUGAGAAGGAAUGUUUUUGAGACUUUCUGGUACUUUGAAAUGAGUGUGAAGUGACACAAAGAGAAUUUGCUUUUCUUUUCUCCUCCAUUUGGCAAGAAAGAGAGGUCUGUGCCUGCCUCCACUCUUUUCCAUCCAAAAGCCUACAGCUGGUCACCACUCCUCAAACUCUCCAUUGUCUCGGACACUUCCUGCUUCCCAUUUGGAGCAGUUCCUGCCUGCACCAGUCAGAUUGUUCUGCAGGGACGGAAACUGCACAAGUUAAACCUCUCUGGUUUCUCACAACACGCUCCUUUUACUUUUACAGCAUUUAUGAAUUUCAUUACAUCCUAUUUUCAGAAGUUCUAUUUUCUUAAAUAAUAUGUAUUUCCUAUGACUGUGUUGUAAUGCAGUGCUUUUCAUUGUUAACAUUCAAACAAAUUAGUCAAAUUUGUGGACGGAUUUGUACACAUUUAUACAAGGUACAUUUUCAAAUGAUAGUUUAAGCUAUGUGUUUGUGUGAUUGUCAGUUUAACCAAAGAAUAUAACUACUUACUACUGACUGCAUAUCAUUUGUUUGCUCCUGAAUAUUCUACUCCAAACACAUUUACUGUGGUGGCCUUUUGACAGGAGGAAAUAAAUGUGUCAUUUUGUCUA